GCUCGUCACGUGGCGACGGCUCCACCGGAUUGUCCGUGCCAAGCCGUUGUCUUCAGACACUUCAUUCCACUAUUCCAAAAUACGCCGCAUAGAAGUACAGCCUUGCGCAGCGUCCUAGAAGCAAUGGCCGACGACACUACUGAUCAACCAUCUGAACACCCCGCCUCUGUGAUGGACUGGAUCAAGAACGUCUCCGAAGCAGCCAAGGAGCGUGUCGUCGCUGUCUCCUCGGAUGAACUACCGAACGACGUCAAAGAGUACAUCAUCGCCCAUCCCUACCAGACAAGCUUCUAUGUUGCUUCCGGUGUGGUCUUCUCCUAUCCCGCACUUCUCUCUGGACCUCUGUUGGCUGCUUUCGGUUGGACGAGCGUAGGGCCGCGGGCCGCUUCCAUCGCUAGCGCUAUUCAGACGGCGUCGACUCCAGCACACGGCUUCUUUGCCACAAUGUAGAGUGCAGCUAUGGGCGGUUAUGGAGCUAGUGCGGUUGCUACUGGCACGAGGAUUGGAGUUGGAGUUGGAGCAUGGACUGCUAGUUAGACCACGCGUCCGACACCUGGAUGGCUCUUUGCGUUCUCCGAGAAUGGAUUUUCCGACUCGUA